UCGUGUUACACUUUGCACGCACCACGAAUGGAUCACUUGGCAACAGGACAUAAACACUGUCAUUUGAGAGAACAGGUCCGUAACAUUCUCGGCACGGGGUGUGUCUAUAUACGUGCGUGCAACAGCAACAAGCAGGUGGCCUGGGUCAUUAGGUCUUUACAUCAAAGAUGUCAGAAAAGACGGAACUACGGGAGAGGCAUUCGCCUACUCUGCCCGGCCAGCCAGAUGCCGGACAGCAGGCCGUACCAGCGGCGACAGUAACUUACACUUCUGCUCCCCAGGCCGCUAUGGUCCCAGUGCAGAUCCCUGAACCCCCUGAACGCAGCAGGGUGUCCGUGAGGGUGAAGUGUCCGUCCUGUCAGCAGGUUAUCGACACGGUUACUGAGACCAAGGUCGGGAAGUUUGCCUGGAUGGUCGCAGGGACCGUCUUCCUGAUAGGGUUGUCGUUUCCGGUAUUCUGGCUGGGGUGUUGCUUCCCAUGCUGUAUCUCCAACUUUAAGGACACCAAGCACACCUGUCCGAACUGCAAGGCGCACGUGGCUACCUACAAGAUUGCCAAAUAAGGCGUUGGAGAAUCUCACUUUGACAUCUUGAUGCAUCAGCAGAAGCUAUAGAAUGAUCAUUGCUUAGAUUUUUGAAAGUGAUCGAAACUCUAAUUAUGAGUUUGUUCUAUGUUUUUGAAUGAGUAUUUCAUUUAACAAAAUUCCAUUGCUAGGCUCUGUGAAGCUGAUGCUAUUUUACACAAAUCACUGUUACUGGCAAGUUACUGUAUAAAUAUUCUCUGGUAGCCAGUUUUAGUGGCGAGCAAUUGUAAAUUUGAUUUUGUUUUCAGCCUUUUUUCAAGUGUAGCAAGUUCCCCAAGGGGAGACGUAAGAAUUAGCGCAGGCGCCUAGAAGCCCCCGGUAAGAGAGCUAGAAACAAUGCCUUAAACUAUUAAAAGCCUUUCUUGGUAGGAUUUAUACUUGUUGAAUUAGUAGUAAAAAUUACCUUUCUCCAUCGAGGGGGUUUCUGCACCCCCUGAAAUAGUGGUAUCGUCACAGAUAUCUGUUUUGAGCCCAAUGGGCCAGUCCAAGGGCUCUAAUUAAGGGGUUUAUGAAAAGACUAGCCGUAUAGAAAUCCUUGCAAAUGACUUUGGUGAGACAGGACAUAGUAGGCUAUCAUUUGGGGGUAAGUUUGUAUGUCUUGAACUUUUUAUUCUUGAGAUAAUUGCAUAUUUGUUUCCUCAACUCUCCCAUUGGAUUACAUGUAUUACUGGGGAAAAUUCUAAUGGUUGCGUCUCCCCAAAGCUAGGAAGGCGGUUCAGAGGAAUUAUCAUAUUGCUUCCUUUGAAUGUGCAUAAUUGCCACCGUGCUAUGUGGUACGGAGAAGAGUGGUAUCGAGAGUUUAAAGUCUGUAUGUAAAUAUGGCGAAAAUCUCACAAUAAAACACAUACAAGAGACUUA